AAACAAAAUUGAAAAACGAAAUUCGGGAUGGCUUCCUCCCACUCCACCGCUCUCUUUCUCCGCCUCCAAUCGCCACCGUACUCCGCCGCCAGCCACUUUGCGGUCACUGUGUGACCAUCAACACCGGUCCUCCUUUUUCUCAUAUCAUCGUUUUACGGCCAGAAGACUUUCUGACGCAUAGCUUGAGAUAAAAUGCUGGUGCACUUGAGGUCUCGAUUAUUGAAUCAGAGUUUUUCAUCUCUAGUCAACUUUUCGUCUCUGCAUCCCUACAAAACCACAUCCUCCCCUCUUUGCCUGGCACUGCAAACAUCCAUUCUUCGAAAAUGCAACAUCCACUAUACAUCUGCUGCCAAGUCUCCAAGACCAGUGACAACUUCAGAGGAAGCCAGCCGGUUCGUGCGGAAUGUGCUAUUUGUGCCACCUGGAGUUGAUCCAGAAGAAGUUACUGAAGAAAUGGUUUUGCCUGGAUCAAAUAUUGUGAUAGGGCCAUACGCAGGUGAUGCCAAAAUCAAAGAGGUAGAUUUCGUGAAAAGUAGUAACCGGCCAAAGGAUUGUCCCAAGGAUGAUCGACCUGAGUUCGCCAUGUUGGGCCGGUCUAAUGUUGGCAAAUCUUCUCUCAUUAAUUGUUUGGCACGAAAAAAGGAGGUUGCUCUCACUUCCAAAAAGCCAGGGAAGACUCAGUUUAUUAAUCAUUAUUUGGUUAAUAAAAGCUGGUACAUUGUGGAUUUGCCUGGCUAUGGUUUUGCUAAUGCCCCCGAUGCUGCAAGAAUGGAUUGGUCCUCGUUCACUAAAGGUUAUUUUCUGAACCGAGAAAGUCUGGUAUCAGUUCUACUUUUGGUUGAUGCCAGUGUUCCACCACAGAAAAUCGACAUUGACUGUGCAAACUGGCUCGGGAGAAACAAUAUACCAAUGACUUUUGUUUUCACAAAAUGUGAUAAAAUGAAGAGAAGCAAAGGGAGGAGACCUGAUGAGAACAUCAUAGAAUUCCAAGAGGUGAUCAGAGAAAACUACCGGAAACAUCCUCCAUGGAUAAUGACGAGCAGUGUGACGGGGCUGGGCAGGGAUGAUCUUUUACUGCAUAUGUCACAGCUCAGGAACUAUUGGGACAACGAGUAGUCUGUAUGUACACGGCAACCUUGAAAAAUGAAGCUAACUCUUGGAGUAGUGAAUGUUAGCCGAAGAAAUGCUAGAUGAAAAAAGGCGAUCAUUCGAGGCAAAUCUAGCCGAUCCUGGACGCUGUAGGUGGGAGCAAAUAUCUGGUUUUCACACUACAAGCUUCCAUACAAUUUGGUAUUGAACAGGUGCAUGCCUAUAUAUCCUUGCAAAUUGUAGUCUAGAAUACAAACUCUGUUCUUUUACUGUUUUUGUAAUAGUGAAAUUUUUAUUGUUGUUAUUGAA